CUAAUUUUGAAAAUAAUUUCGCUCAACACUAACACUCACUUCACUCCUGCCUCUGGGUAUUCGAGAUUGAGAUGUCAUCUCCAGAAGGAUUGUCGUCCUCUGUUUCGGACCCCUUCGCUGAUUAUGUGUUCCCAUCUGUAUGUGAAGAACGCCAUACAUCUCAUACUUCUUGUGAACAAAAUUACAAUCAACUAAAUAAUAAUAAUAAUAAGUGUUCGUCGACUCAACGCAAUCAUAACUCGCAAUCCAAUCGCGAAUAUCAUUUACAGUUAGAUCCGAGAAAUAGCUGUCUUUCUGAAGAUUUGUCGCAUAAUAUCGAAGAAUCCAAGUUAUAUGAGACAGAAUUGGAUACAUGCAGUGGAAGUGGAUCUGAGAUCACAACUCACGGAUAUUACUUCUUACAUCACAAUUACAAUGGACACUGCGAUGAGCCCUUCAAUAGUGGAUACAAAGCAAUGAUGGGGUCGGGAGGCUAUCCAUCGCACGGGCCAUACAAAGUUCAACGUAAUGCAGCCAACAUUCGCGAGAGGAAAAGGAUGCUCAGCAUUAACAGCGCUUUCGAGGAGUUGCGGGUUCACGUACCCACCUUUCCCUUCGAGAAACGACUGUCCAAAAUCGAUACCCUGAGACUAGCGAUUGCUUACAUAGCGCUGCUUAAAGAGAUCUUAGCGUCAGAAUACGAUCCAAUCACUUAUAUUGAGAAGUGUCUGAAAGGGGAGAUCAAGGGAGAGCACACACACGAGUGGAAUACUAGUGAUCUAACGGCAAGACUUUCGUGGAUUAAUUGGGAGAACUUAGGAGUGAAUCCGAACCGAAGAAAUAUAGGUUCUCUUUCUCCCUUCACCAGAGCCUCAAGCCUUCAACAACAGAGCGAUAUGUCGGGUCCUCCCCAUCCCUACCAUUUCAAUGACCGCUCUCUAAGGAAUUGA